CUCAAAGCCGUCCACAGCGCUGCCCAAAGGACCCUUGGGCAGCCGCGGGCUGUCUGUGGUUCUGCCCGAAGGACCUCAGCGGCCGCCCAUGCCGAGCUGAGUCCGCGAAUCCCGGGCCGCUUCCCGUCGCCAUCAGCCACCGCCGCCGCCGCUUUUGCGGCCUGCCGCCUGUCGGAAUGCUGGAGGAAGCGGGCGAGGUGCUGGAGAACGUGCUGAAGGCAUCGUGCCUGCCGCUCGGCUUCAUCGUCUUCCUGCCCGCCGUACUGCUGCUCGUGGCGCCGCCGCUGCCCGCCGCCGACGCCGCGCACGAGUUCACCGUGUACCGCAUGCAGCAGUACGACCUGCAGGGCCAGCCGUACGGCACACGGAAUGCAGUGCUCAACACGGAGGCACGCACAGUGGACGCAGACGUGCUGAGCCGCCGCUGUGUGCUUAUGCGGCUUCUGGACUUUUCCUAUGAGCACUACCAGAAGGCCUUGCGACAAUCAGCGGGCGCUGUGGUCAUCAUCCUCCCUCGAGCCAUGGCCGCUGUGCCCCAGGAUGUUGUCCGGCAAUUCAUGGAGAUUGAGCCCGAGAUGCUGGCCAUGGAGACCGUGGUCCCCGUGUAUUUUGCUGUGGAGGAUGAGGCCCUGCUGUCCAUCUAUGAGCAGACCCAGGCUGCCUCUGCUUCUCAGGGCUCUGCCUCUGCUGCUGAAGUGCUGCUGCACACAGCCACGGCCAAUGGUUUCCAGAUGGUGACCAGCGGAGCCCAGAGCCAGGCAGUGAGCGACUGGCUGAUCACCAGCGUGGAGGGACGGCUGACAGGGCUGGGAGGUGAGGACCUCCCCACCAUUGUCAUCGUGGCUCAUUACGACGCCUUUGGCGUGGCCCCAUGGCUGUCGCUGGGCGCCGAUUCAAACGGCAGUGGCAUCUCCGUGCUGCUGGAGCUGGCUCGUCUCUUCUCACGCCUCUACACGUACAAGCGCACACAUGCAGCGUACAACCUCCUGUUCUUCGCAUCAGGAGGAGGCAAGUUCAACUACCAGGGCACCAAGCGAUGGCUGGAGGACAGCCUGGACCACACAGACUCCAGCCUGCUGCAGGAUAACGUGGCCUUCGUGCUGUGCCUGGACACCGUGGGCCGCGGCAGCCACCUGCGCCUACACGUGUCCAAGCCACCUCGGGAGGGGACGCUGCAGCACGCCUUCCUGCGUGAGCUGGAGACAGUGGCCACGCACCAGUUCCCUGACGUCAGCUUCUCCAUGGUGCACAAGAAGAUCAACCUGGCGGACGACGUGCUGGCCUGGGAGCACGAGCGCUUUGCCAUCCGCAGGCUGCCCGCCUUCACGCUGUCGCACCUGGAGAGCCACCGUGCGGGGCCGCGCAGCAGCAUCAUGGACGUGCGGGCCCGCGUAGACUCCAAGACGCUAACGCGGAACACGCGGAUCAUCGCUGAGGCCCUGACGCGGGUUAUCUACAACCUGACAGAGAAGGGGACUCCCCCGGACAUGCCAGUGUUCACGGAGCAGAUGCAGGUCCAGCAGGAGCAGCUGGACUCAGUGAUGGACUGGCUCACCAACCAGCCGCGGGCCGCGCAGCUGCUGGACAAGGAUGGGACGUUCCUGAGCACUCUGGAGCACUUCCUGAGCCGCUACCUGAAGGACGUGCGGCUGCACCACGUGAGGGCCGACAAGCGGGACCCCGAGUUUGUCUUCUACGAUCAGCUGAAGCAGGUGAUGAAUGCCUACAGGGUCAAACCAGCCAUCUUUGACCUGCUGCUGGCCGUGUGCAUUGGGGCAUACCUAGGCAUGGCGUACACAGCUGUCCAGCACUUCCACGUGCUAUACAAGACUGUGCAGAGACUGCUGCUCAAAGCCAAGGCCCAGUGACGACGGCUGUGAACAGGCGGCCCAGGAGGGACCGGCCCACGCGUGGCCACCCACGCGACUGGACUGAACCAGAGUUCACUAGGAUGCAGGGACCUCAUCCGGUCUCCUGAACUACCUUGGUGGAGAACCCCACCCACCUGCAGAUGAGCCCAAUGGGACAGAUGGCCGCCCAGGCCACAUGCACUGAAGGGCCACACGCUUGGCUGGGUCCCAGCAGCCUGCCCCCUCCCUUUCCUGUGGCCCAUGAGAGGUGCCCACCACCAGGCCACCUCUCGUGGCGCUGGCUAGCACCCAACUAUGGCUUCCUGCUCUUCUCAGCCUACCUUUCCCUCUGCCUGUUGCCAUCUCAGCCACCACUGGACCCACCUGGUUCUCCAGCUGGGCCUGAGCCACCUGAGGUUCCAGUUUCGUCCCUUUCUCUCCUGCAAGUGUCCCUCCACCCAGUCCAGGUGCUGGGGACAGGGCAGGAGGCGGCCCUGGGUAGCAGCCUGCAGCCCUGAGGUCUCUCCACCUCCACCUCCCCCCUUCAGUUUCCCUGCCUGUGAUGAAUUCUGCGGACCCAGCCCCUCUCACAGUGUGGGAUGAAACAGUCAGGCCCAGCACACCCUAGGCGUCCCUGCCAACAGGAGGGAGAGGGGGGAGGACGUUAGCUCUGGCAGUCAACCUCAGGGACCCCAUGGGCAAUCGAUUCGAUAGCAAUAUGACCCAGGAGGUGUCAGGCCGGGACGGGCAGCUGGGGCCAGCGCCUGGCAUCCCUCCAGCACCUGUGGAGGCCUGGCCCACCCAGACCCUCUGCUCUGCUCUGCCUCACGGCAGCGGUGGCCAUCACCCCGGUGGCACUUGUGUCAUAGGGCAAGAGGGGCCAGCCUGCCACCUGGCCCUAGGCACUCUCGCCCCCACCCCUCCCCCCAUGGACUGCUGGGGUCCAGCCCUCUUCACUCUCAUCCCAGUGGCUGGUUACGGGUCUGAGGCCAGUGCCGCCUUCACUGGCAAAGACACAAGGUGCAUGUGCCACCUCCCUCCGCUCAGGCAGGGCUGGGGCCGGCAGUUGGGCCUGCAGUUGGUGGGUUAGAAAAUAAAAGCCAUAUUGAAGGACCACA